AUGCCGUCCAGUGAUUCUUGUGCCGAAAAGGAGGAGCAGCCUGCAGAUCAACUUGACCGCGAUUCAUCGCUCGUUAUGGUGAUGAUCCUCGUCCAUAACAUGCUGAAGCUUGACUAUACAAUGCAGGAAAGGAUUGUCAGGUCACUGUCCCUUAAAUCAUCAUCCGCGGAGGUCGAGGGCUACUGCCUUAUGUGGGAUCUGCGUCCCAACGUCGAUGGCGACUUGAUGAAUCUCGCGUGGAAAUCGUGCCCAUAA